AUGCCGGUGAAUAUUCCACCAUUCCAAUUCUCCAAUAUUGUGUUUGAUGGCUUUCACGACGCCAUUUCAAAAGGCUACGUCAGCUUUGAGCAAGCCGAGGUCUCACUGCAGAUCUUUCGGGGCCAGGCUUGCAAUUUCCCGUUUGUCGUUAUCGAUCCAACGAUUGGAUUGGACAUUUUUCGCCGCAAGAGGCCAUUUCUUCUCCUCUCGAUCCUCACCUUUGCUGCACAGUCGAAUCUUGCGCUCCAGCAGAAACUGGAGACCGAGCUCAAGGAGUCGUUGAGUCGAAGACUGAUUGUGGAAGGUGAAAAGAGCCUGGAUCUCCUCCAGGGGCUCCUGGUCUAUUUGAAUUGGUAUCAUUUCCACUUCGAUCCCGCACGUCAACAAUUGUAUCCGCUCUUGCAGAUGGCCAAUUCUGUUGCUCUUGAGCUUGGCCUAGACAGACCAGUGCGACAGCAAUUACCGAUAAACCUCGCAAGUCUCGUCCCAGAACUCCUCAUCAAAUCCCGACUCCCGAUCGAAGAAGUUGAAGGAAGGAGAGCUCUUCUCGGGUGCUAUUGUCUGUCCUCGUCGAUGUGCUUCACAAUGAGAAAGCCAAACAAUCUCCCACACAGUGCUUAUAUCAGCGCAUGUGGCGAGUUGCUUGCAGGGAUUGGAGCCGCAGAGUCGGAUGCCCUUCUUCCGAUCUGUGUCCACCUACAGCGACUUCAGGAAGACAUUAACCAAUCAUUUAGAUACAACAGAGCAGAUCAACAAGGCGAGCUGGACUCCGAAAAGAUCGAAACACUCUGCAUCAAGUUUGAACAGCAGAUAGAACAGUCACGGUCAGCUUUUCCACCUGAAAUCUGGAAUAAUGCUAAAGUAGUUUCUUCUUAUCAUGCGAUCAAGAUCUAUGCAAGAGAGAUCGGUUUCCACGCCCAACCACCUUCUGCAUUCAGCGUGCCUACUCCGGGGUCGGGUCCACCAUGGUACAUUUCGCCUGCUCGACAUAAUAGCUUGCUCGGGUGUUUGGAAGCCACGACGGAGUACCUGGACCAUCUCUUGUCUCUCUCGACGAGCAAUAUCCUCGGCUUCACCACGCCUGACCUCCUGAGGUUGCUCUACGCCGUGCUGGUCUUAGGGAGGUUCUCCAAUGGCGUUGAUGCCCCCUUACUGGAUGCCAACCUCCUGCGUACUGUGGCGAAUCUGCGAUACUACCUUGAAUCUCUCGCGGCCAAAUUCCGAGACGUCCUUGCUACUAUUCACAACCCGUCCGAACAUUAUCUAGUGUACUUGCGUCGCUUGGUUGAGGACUCGAAAAGGUGGUAUACACCGGCUUUGCCAGGCCCUCCAACCUUCCGUGAGGACUUAUUUUCUCCCGAUCCCAUGCAAAUGACUCAGAAAGCGCUUCCCACAGGGCAAGACAACUGCUUAGACGUCCCCGGCGGUCUGGCAGGCCGUCCAGACUUCGUAUCUGCUUGGGACAAACCAGCCGCAAGCUCGGACCCUUCAGAUCUAUUUAUCAAGUGGGGUGACACUGGAACCGGGUGA